GAAGUUAAAUAAGAGGCUUAGAAGAUUAUCUCUCAAACAAGGAUACCAAACGUAGCAAAAAAUGAAAUCCGGAACAUUUUUCUUUUUGGUGCUUCUGAAUUUGUCCUGUGUUUAUGCAACCUACAAAGUUUAUUAUUUCCCUCCAACGAAAAACUACAAGAAGAAAUGGAUUAAAUCCAACCUCUCAAAAAUGCAGACACCUUCUACAAUGUCAUCAUCUUCUGUUUCUAACACUGGAACUAUAAUGACAAAUGGGAUGCCUAUUUCAAACACUAUGUCCAUGUUGUUUAGUCCAGGCCAAAACAGCAUCUUCCCUGCUAUGGCAAACUCUGUCAUACGUGAUAGGACGUCAUCAACGCUCAACAGAGUAGCCAAUCCUACAAGAAUGACUGCUCCGAUGAUGUCUGCAAUGGCAAAUCCAAUGAUUUCCACAAUGACAAAUCCAAUGAUUUCCACAAUGACAAAUCCAAUGAGUUUAACAAUGACACAUCCAAUGAUUUCUACGAUGACAAACCCAAUGAGUUCAAUGAUAACAAAUCCAAUGAGUCUCUCAAUGGCAAAUCCAAUGACAAAUCCAAUGAUGUCCACGAUGUCAAAUCCAAUUUCUUCAACGACAAAUCAGAUGAGGCCAAUGAUGACCUCUCCAAUGAUGUCGAUGACAAAUAAUCCAAUGAUGUCAGUGAUGAAUAAUAGGAUGAUGACUGGAACCUCAAAUUCGAUGACAGGAAGAAAUAAUGCGUUGGUUAACUCCAUGACUCCCACCACCCGGCCUGAAUCAGCAUUGCGUGUUCCAAGUGCAGACGAGAUACUGAGUUCCGCUAUGAUGGAAGUCGUUGGACAGUCUACCAUGCAAUCCUCCCUAGCGGGAAAUAAACUCAGUAGGUUUUUCGGAUCAAGCUAUUUUUGAACAUAGAUACGCAGUUACUGUGUUUUUAUUAAAGUUUCAACUUUAUUAAAGUCUAUGUUCAUUAUCAUUUACAGGUGCUAAAUCCGGUGAAAAUCCUAAAAACAAUAUAACUGGAACCAGUUGUUAAAUUUUUCGUCUUAAUGCGAGAAUAAAUUUGCUAUAAAUUCUUUUAUAA